AUGGAUCGACUUAUUAGCAUUCUACAAUUUGACUCUAUCGGCCCAUUGCAGCCCAAAUCAAGCAAAUUAACAAUUGCUUUGCUAGUGUCGACCUGUUGUGUCUUCGCCGUGACAACUGGAUACGAUGCUGGCUUGAUGAAUGGCGUCAACAUGAUGCCUCAGUACGUGGAUUGGUUCCAAUUGACGACGGUGACAAAGUCCCUGAGCACUUGUUCAUCUUACAUCGGAUGGUUUAUUGCUGCACUUCUCAUGGGCCCUGUUGUUGAACGCACUGGUCGCAAGGGCGGCAUCUUCAUUUCCAUCAUUCUCAAGCUCAUUGGUAUUGCAUUGAUGGCUUCUUCUCAAAGCGUCGGCAUGUUCAUUGGUGGCCGUAUUAUCUUAGGAUGGGCUAAAGGGACUGCAGCUAUUGCUUCUUCCACGGAAAUUCUCAACGCAAUGCGACAGGAGCAAGACAGUGGACAGACACUCUCGUAUGUAGAGAUUGUGCGAACGAGCAAUUCUCGCAAACGCCUCAUUCUUGUUACGAUCAUCCUCAAUUCAUGGUCAUUAGUCUGCGCAAUGUCUGGCACCUUUCUCACGGACAAAGUUGGGCGAAAGACGCUGUGCUUGAUGGCAUGCAUUAUGAUGACCAUUACCAUGUUCUUGAUUGGAGUUUUAACUAAGUUCUUUGGAGAUGGAGCCGAUAUUCCCGGGGUAUAUGCCACAAUUGCCAUGAUUUUUAUUUUUCAAGGGUCCUAUAGCUUCGGUAUCGCCCCCAUAACUCAACUUUAUCCGCCCGAGGUGCUUAACUACUCGAUUCGUGCAAACGGGAUGGCUGCUUGGACUCUUGUUGUUAAUUUUUCCGGACUUCUCUCAACGCUGGCAUUGCCAAUUGCGCUGGCAGCUAUUGGUUGGAAAAUGUACAUCAUCAACGGUGUGUGGGAUGCACUGCAAGCACUAUUUGUGGCAUUGGUUUGGAUCGAGACCAAAGGUCUGUCACUUGAAGAUAUUGAUCGGGUGAUUGACGGCAAUCCGCCACUUAAUGGCCUGGAUCCGGAAGGGGACUAUGAAAAAAAUGACAGGAAAGGCCCGGAUCUGAUCACAGAGCAUGUAGCUCAAAAAAAGACCGAUGUUAAACAGUCUUUCUGA